AUGUCGCACAACCAGCAACCCAUGAGCAUCGAGGCUAUGCUCGAUAUGGAGCGCAAGGAAGUUCUCGCCUUGCUCGAGAAUCGACCUCGCCCUGAGCCCUCCAUGCCAGGAGCCAUGCGAUCUGCUUCACCCUACGCCACCCCUCGAUCUCCCGUUCGGAGUAUGUUGGAUGUCGACGAUCAGCCAACACCAAGCUCACCAAGGCAGACUGUGCGGAGUAUGCUGGACACCAGUUCUCCCCCGCCGCCAAAAUACCGAAGCAUGUUGGAUACUGACACCCCCCUCGCUGGGCCCUCGAGGCCUUCCGGGACCAGUACGACUCCUAAUUCUCCAGUCAUGACCAAAGCAACUCUCGCGCCCAGUAACGUCGGGCACACUCGCAGCUUCUCUGAUGCAGCCUCGAACCCCGUCGAUUUUGGACCUAGAGCUGCUGCUGCACGUAAUGACCCUACCGCCGGGUAUCAAUUUUCAGAUAUUAUUACGCGCAAUAGCGGCCAACAACUUCCCAAGAGAAACACGCAGGGUGGCAGGAAGCCAUCUGCGAAUGCUCUGAGCGAGGCACUCCGCAACGCCGAUCUCAGUGGCCUGCAAAUCCCUGGAGAAGGCGAUGGCAGGCGUUCCUGGUUUGGCGGUAGCAGCAGCAGUCAGAAGUCAAAAUCUCCUCACAAUCGGCUGGGGUCAAGGUCCAGGUCUCCAGCUCCUGUAACGCAAGUAUUGGCGCCAGGUAAGGCCAUGCUUGAUGAUGGCCGAAUUGUGGAUAUCAGCAAUGCAUAUCGAAGGUUAUCUGAUGCCAACCUAGCGUACGCAGGUGGUAGCUUGUCUCAGCUGCCGAGGCGCAACCGCGAGGAUGCCCAGAGUGGAAGGAUGAUCAAAGACUACCUGAGCCCUGAUGGCGAGCACCUUGGCUCAAGUGAGGAAGACGAGGCGUACUCAUCCGAUGACGAAGAUCGUGGUCGUAAGAAGGCUCCUAGGUCACUUAACCCCGAUGCAAUUGGUGGGUCGGCAGACGAUGCGAAUAAGGAGCGACGAAAAUCAAUGAGUCUUCUGGCUGCUGCAGAGGAAGAGCGGACAACAGUUGCAGCGAAGCAACCUAAGUACCGUUCUUUACUCGAUGAGCCAGAAAUAAAGAUUACCACUCCUCUGGGCGAGAACACGCGGUUAAACAAAGGCGGCGGUGUGCAUCCUAAGACUGCUUACGAUCAGAUGUCAACAGUGGCUUCUGCAAACGAUUCAGAUGAGGAGGCAGAUAUGGAUGAUAUCAAGCGGGCUCAAAAGCUCUCCUGCUCGAUGUCAGGCAUUAUCUCUACUCCUGAGUCUCACCGCGCUAUCCGCAUGAUUUAUCGUGGCGAUUACAACAAGAUUGUUCAGCAAGCCGAGGAGGAACACCACCGUCUGCGAAAAUAUCUGGUUGCAUCGGAUCUCAGUGACGAAUCGACGCACGCCCUCGAAUGGGCCAUUGGAACAGUCCUGCGAGACGGUGAUACCUUACUAUGCAUCUACUGCGUGGACGAGGAGACCGGCAUCGGGGGAGUCGACAACUCAGUUCCUGAUGAUCCGAAGGCUAUGAGAGAGCAGGCAGCUGCUAUCAACACGGUAGCAAGCUCAAGAUCUGCUGCGCCCUCCAUGUCUGCUGUUCCAGAUUUCGUGAGGAAUUCUAUUCGAGGAGACUCCUCCAAGAACAAUACCCCAAACACAUCUCCCGCGCCUUCAAGUCGAGGAGAAAGGGGUAGGGCGGAAGAAGAGCGGCGCCGAGCAGUCAAGGAGAUCACAGACAAAGUGCUCCGUCUUCUGCGAAAGACGACUCUUCAGGUCAGAGUUAUCGUGGAAGUCUUGCAUUGCAAGAACCCAAAGCACUUGAUCACAGAGGUCAUCGACCAUGUUAACCCAACUCUUGUCGUCAUAGGAAGUCGAGGCAGGAGUGCACUCAAGGGUGUCAUUCUGGGAUCAUUUUCCAACUAUCUGGUGACGAAGAGCUCGGUCCCUGUGAUGGUGGCACGAAAGCGUCUCCGAAAGCAGGGCAAAUACAGAGGUGUGAAGCCUGUGAACAAUCUCAGCAACCCAGCGGCCCGAAGUUUGGCCAACGCCAAAAUUGAUUAA